AUGUGGGAGCAAUUAGAGGAUAAAGGGCUUUUAAAAGGAAUGGACGAAAAACAACUAAAAAACAAAAUAAAGAAUUUAAAAGAUGUGUUUCGUCAAGAACUGGCCAAGAUAGAACGAAGCAAAAAAAGUGGCUGUGGAACAGAGGAUAUUUAUACCCCAAAGCUAACAUGGUUUGAAGCUGCCCAUUUUUUCGCUGAAGUUUUGUCAACAAGGCAUAGUAAUUCAAACUUGACUCUACCCAGCACAGAAAAUAUAUCUGAGGAAAUCUCAAAUUCACAAAUUGAACAGCGUGACGAUGAAGAACCCGAUACACAGCCCAAGGAACAAAAUAUAAAACCCUCAGAGGGGAUGGGACCCCCUAAAUCGAAAAAAAGGGUGAGAAAACAGGCAGAUCCAGAAAUUGGCGAUGCAAUCAAUCAGUUGAAUAACUGAAAAUGUAUCAGAAGGAAAACCGUAC